ACCCGCCCCGAGGCCGCCCUGCCCGGAGCUCGGGCGGGGUGCGCUUCAGUCGGGAAGCCGGGUAAGAGUUGGAAUCUCUGAGAGAAUACCCACUGGCUGCCUUUCCCAGCAUUCAAGGCCGCACCAUGCUCAUCCUUCGAAGUGGUCUGACUAAGGCCCUGGCCGCGCGGACACUCGCGCCUCAGGUAUGCUCAUCUUUUGCUACAGGCCCCAGGCAGUAUGAUGGAACAUUCUAUGAAUUUCGUACCUAUUGCCUUAAACCCUCAAAGAUGAAUGAAUUCCUGAAAAAUUUUACAGAACAUAUUCAUCUUCGUACAGCUCACUCUGAAUUGAUUGGAUACUGGAGUGUAGACUUUGGAGGCAGAAUGAACAAAGUGUUCGGUAUUUGGAAGUAUGGUACGAGUCAUCAACUUAAGCAUGCAGUACAUAUUUUCAUUCUGUCAGUUGUUAUGUGAAACGUAGUUCUUUGAUCUGUAUUACUAUAAUCAGACACAGGUUACAUAAAACUUUUAACCAUUAAUGAAAAACUUGUUAAACUGGAAAUAACCCUCCCAGUUGUACAUAUCUGCCAGUCCACUGCUGGAACCUUUGUCACAAGGGAAUGUGAUGUUGGGAAAAAAUGACAUUUCAAAUCAUAAAAUUGUGAACUGGACUUUAAUUCUCAGAAAAAAUAUUACAGUACUUAUUACAUAGAUGGUAUGUGGAAAAAAAUGUUUUACAAAAAUUUUAGCAAGCAAUUCUCUGAAUCUUCCCACCCUUACUCAAGAGUAUACUGUAACCUACAAUAAAACUUCAUUUCCAGAUUAAAAAAAAAUUAAAGCAUAAUUUACAAGAACCCGAG